CAGAAGUGCAUGUGCGAAUCCGCGCUCGAUCGUCGGUUGCAUCGAAUCGUUUUUGUUUCUUCUCCACUAACAAGGCUGACCGAAAGCAAUUAGCUCGUUGUGGAUCAGGCCCGUAGUAUUUACAUCGGCGUGAGUUUAGUGAUUUCGUUCGUGAUCGCGAUCAGGAUUCAAAGCUAGAUCGAGUCUCACCCUCGGCAUCGGUAGGGUCCCAGACGAGAACGGAUGUUUACGCAACCCGCAGCUCUCGCACACACGCACGGCGGUUCGAUCGAGAGUUGUUGUCGCCGUCGUCGUCGCCGUUGCCCGCUAGACCUGAUUCGAACGGGGCGCGGAAGAAAGAAAUUGGAUUAUUCAGUUUUAUCGCGACUGUAAAUUUAAAUUUACGAUCAACUUUUAUGGAUUAUUUUAUCAGGAUCAUUUAAUUUGCUGAAAAAAGAGCGAAAGAAGUGAAAAGCAUCUGUGGAAAAGGUGAACCGGCGGCUGACAGUGUUUUUUUUUCUCGUUCCGAUGCGAUUGUUGUUAUUACGUGCGGUCUGACGAAUGCAGGCGCGAGGAAGAUAUGAAAAAGGACUCGGCCUGCCAUGGGAAAGAUGCGAAAAAUGUGAAGAAAAGAAAAUAAAAUGAUAAGUAAAUGAGAUAGUGUAAAGUGAAAUUUAUUCGCCUCUUUAAGCGUUGAUAAAAAGGUGAAGAAAAUGCAUCGAAAACAGCGAUAAACCGGAUCAAAACAAAGAGUCUUGAAUCAGCGGCCAUUGCUCAGAGAGACGGUGAAAAGAGAACCGCGAAACGAUCAUUUAAUCAGACAUGUCCAACGCAAAUACGCCGGUGUUUUGCAAAUUAGUUAUUGCUUCAACGAGUUCGUCAAUUUGAGAUCAACAACAAGUGAACUAGGAAGGCGGGUUACUGUCAGUGACCCCGGGCUUCAAAAUUGCCAACCUACGAAGAUGCGUUCCUCACCGGCCUUGCUGUCGGUCCUGUUUGGCACCAUAUUCGGUGUGCUCGGUGCAUCGCUGAGCAAAUCGUUGCUUUCCCAAGCUCCCGACGAGUGCCGGUGGUCCGGCUACAGUGAAGACGAUCUUACCCUUGUGUGUAGACUUAGAACUAUUAACAGUGAACUAGAGAAUACGAAUUUUAGUGUGCUUCAUCCGGAGAACACCGUACGACUGCGGUUGCAAUGCAACGACGGACUGUUUUUCCAAUCCAGCAUCAGCCCGGGUAGCUUCCGGCAGUUGUCCGAGCUGCGAUCGCUGUCGAUCGAUUAUUGUAAAAUAGCAAACCUAACCGAUGGUUCCUUCCGGGGUCUCAAGGAACUGACCAACCUGACCCUACGUACGCAUAACACCGAUUGGUCCUCGGUGAGCUUGGAGAUUUCACCUCACGUCUUCAACGCUGAGCUAUCGAAACUGGAGCGGUUAGAUCUCAGUCAAAACAACAUGUGGUCACUGCCGGAUGGCAUGAUCUGUCCGCUGACCAAGCUGCAGUAUUUGAAUCUAACGCAAAAUCGGAUACGGGAUCUUUCCGUGUUCCAUUUCAGUGCAUCGCUUAGCACUCGAUUGUCGAAAAAGUGUGGAGGAGCGAUCACGGUUCUCGACAUCUCCCACAAUAGUAUUGACAAUCUGCCACCGGCGAUCUUCUCCGGUUUGGGAAAACUCACCGAACUUCGACUGCAGAAUAAUGGACUGAACUUCAUCGCCGAUCGAGCCCUGGAAGGGUUAUUGUCUCUCUCGAAACUCGAUAUUUCCCUGAAUCGACUAACGAAUCUUCCCCCGGAACUGUUUUCCGAAGCGAAACACAUCAAGGAGAUCUACCUGCAGAACAACAGCAUCAACGUCCUAGCGCCGGGAAUCUUCAGCGAGCUACAGCAGCUUCUCGUACUGGAUCUGUCCAACAAUGAGCUCACCUCCGAGUGGAUCAAUUCGGCCACCUUCAAGGGACUAUCGCGGUUAAUUCUGCUGGAUUUGGCUAAUAACAAAAUAUCCAAACUGGAACCGGCCAUCUUCCGCGAUCUGUUCAGCCUGCAGAUUCUUCGGGUACAGGAUAAUUUCAUAGAAACGCUUAGCGAGAAUACGUUCGCGGAACUAGCAUCGCUGCAUACGCUGGUGAUAUCGAACAAUCGUCUGUCGAACAUCGAGUACUUCACCUUUCAGGGAUUGAGUCGUCUUUCUCUGCUGUCGCUGGAUUACAACCGGAUUUCCAGGAUCGAUCGAGUUGCGUUCAAAAAUCUAUCCACCCUGCAGGAUCUUCAUCUUAAUGGUAACAAAUUGCUGCAGGUUCCGGAUGCUCUGUACGAUGUACCACUACUUCGGACGCUGGAUCUUGGCGAAAACCACAUCAGCAACAUCGGAAAUGCUAGCUUUAAAGAUAUGGCUCACAUGUAUGGGUUGCGAUUGACAGAGAACAACAUCGAAGUGAUUCGAAAGGGUACGUUUGAUGCGAUGAAGUCGCUGCAGAUUUUGAACCUUUCCAAGAAUCGGUUGAAACGGGUGGAUCAGGCUUGUUUCGAUAAUAACACUAACCUGCAGGCGAUCCGGCUGGACGGGAAUUAUUUGACGGACAUUUCCGGUUUGUUUACCAAACUGCCGAAUCUGGUGUGGCUUAAUAUUUCCGACAAUCACCUGGAGCUGUUCGAUUAUGCGCUCAUUCCGACCGGGUUGCAGUGGUUGGACAUUCACGCGAAUAAGAUCGCCGAGCUGGGUAACUAUUUUGAGAUCGAGAGUCAGCUGGCGCUCAGUACGAUCGAUGCCAGCUCGAAUCAGCUGACGGAGAUCACGGGCAGUGCCAUUCCGAACAGUGUGGAGUUGUUGUAUCUGAACGAUAAUUUGAUUUCCAAGGUGCAGUCGUACACGUUUUUCAAGAAGCCGAAUUUGACGCGGGUGGAUUUGUUUGGGAAUAAAAUUACGACGUUGGAUCCGAAUGCGUUGCGGAUAUCGGCCGUGGCGGAUGAUAAGCAGCUGCCGGAGUUUUACAUCGGAGGCAAUCCGUAUCAGUGCGAUUGUAAUUUGAACUGGUUGCAGAAGAAUAAUGUGGAUUCGAGGACGCAGCCGAAGCUGAUGGAUUUGGACAGUAUUUACUGUAAGCUGUUGUAUAAUCGGGGACGGACGUAUGUUCCGCUGGUGGAAGCGUUGCCGAAUCAGUUUCUGUGCAAGUAUGAGACGCAUUGUUUCGCACUGUGUCACUGUUGUGAUUUCUAUGCGUGCGAUUGCAAGAUGGAGUGUCCGGCUAGGUGCACCUGCUACCACGAUCAGAGCUGGACGUCGAAUGUGGUGGAUUGCUCGAGGGCGGGGUAUGAUGAGAAGCUGCCCGACCAGAUACCGAUGGACUCGACGCAGAUCUAUUUGGAUGGGAAUAAUUUCAAGAUGUUGAACAGUCACGCUUUUUUGGGGCGGAAAAAGUUGAAGAUACUGUUUUUGAACAACAGCAACGUGGAGAUUAUUAGCAAUCGGACGUUCUAUGGGUUGAAGGAACUGGAAAUUUUACAGCUGGAUCACAAUCAGAUAACGGAGUUGAAUGGGUUCGAGUUUGUUGGGCUGGACCGGUUGAAGGAGUUGUUGUUGCAGUAUAAUAAAAUUACGGUGAUUGCGAACCACAGCUUCGAUCAUUUGCAUAGUUUGAAGAUAUUGCGACUUGAUCAUAACCGGAUAGUGGAGUUGAAUAUGUGGUAUCUGCCAAAGCAGCUGAGCGAUCUAAGAUUGUCAUCGAAUCCGUGGUCCUGCGAUUGUGAGUACUUGGAAAAAUUCCGCGAGUAUCUCAAGUUGUACGAUUUCGUGAAAGAUAAGCUGAAAAUUAAGUGUACGACGCUGACUAUCGGGUCGGGCAACGAGACUGCGCUGGCCAUAGGAGAAUCAGUGGUAAACGGAUCGGUUUCGAGCCCGGCAGUUACUGUCGGGCAACCUAUCGUUCCCCGGGGAACUUUGCUGGAAGCAAGUGGGGAGCCACAGUCCGGUGGUUUCUUGAUUUAUUUGGACAACAGUACGACACUGUGCAGCGGUGCGGUCCCACUCGAUAACAUCAUCAACGGAAACUUGACAUCACGCAAGACGGUGCUAUCGCCACCACCGAUCGAAGGCUAUAUCCCGCUGCUGGUGGCUGCACUGUGUGCAUUCUCGGCCAUCAUCAUACUGACGCUGAUUGUGUUUGUGUUUCGGCAAGAAAUGCGUGUUUGGUUUCAUUCACGCUUCGGCGUCCGGCUGUUCUACCGGAAUGCUGAUAUGGACAAAAACGAACGGGACAAGCUGUUCGAUGCUUUCGUGUCGUACAGCUCCAAAGAUGAGGCUUUCGUGGCGGAAGAACUAGCUCCGAUGCUGGAAAACGGCGAUCCUGCUUACAAGUUGUGCCUGCAUUAUCGGGACUUUCCCGUAGGGGCCUACAUUGCGGAUACGAUCAUUCAGGCGGUGGAAUCAUCCCGAAGGACCAUUAUGGUGCUGUCGGAAAAUUUCAUCAAAUCCGAGUGGUGCCGGUUUGAGUUUAAAUCUGCCCACCACCAGGUGCUACGUGAUCGACGGAGAAGACUGAUAGUGAUUCUGCUGGGGGAAGUUCCCCAGAAAGAUCUAGAUCCGGAUAUUCGGUUGUAUCUUAAAACCAACACCUAUCUGCAGUGGGGUGACAAACUGUUCUGGGAAAAACUUCGAUUUGCGCUACCGGAUGUGCCGAACAAUCAGCGGAGGAGGCAGCAGCAAACGAUCAACAUGACGCAUUCCAGCAUCCGGAACAACUAUCAGCUGACUCGUACACCAAAUAAUAGAAACAACACCAACAAUCAGUUGAUCAUGCUUCAACAACAGCAACAACAGCCACCGCAGCCAGAUCCAAGGGUAGCAGGUCUACGGCAGCAGGAUCAUUCGUCACUGCAGCAGCAACCACUUCCGCUACCGGGGCUCGCUCAGCAACCGCAGCCACCGCAAUUAAUUCAGCAUCAGCGGCAACAGGAGCUACAGCACCAGCAGCAACAACAGCAGCAGCAACGAGGAGGCACCAAUGCCUCACCACGCACCGUGGGGAUCCACAUAUGACCCCAUCAGUCUUCAGUGUGAUAGGAACCCUGUAUAGAAUGACACGAACUGAUUAGCAAAAUUUAGAAUUUUCCCGAACGAAAAACAAAUGUGAUAUUUAACGCUUAAGUCAUUAAAUUAUAAAGCCGUACUGGAAGCGCCCGAGCGCCUGUAAAUAGUGACUCCCUAGCCCUAAGUUCAACUCCAUAAACAAGGUGCAAUUCUAUUCUCUCUUUUGACCCCUUUUGAAUAAGGAGGGGGGUCUGCAAACGGCCAAGUGCGAGUGACAUUGCUUCAGUAGGAAAAGAAAAACAACAAGUGAACCAUCGACCCCCGGCUGAGCUGCCAAACCACCAACCGUAUAUGUGCGAGUGUUUGUGUGCGUUCCUGUGAAGCAUUGUUUUCAUGCUAGUGAUAUUGCCUUUCUCUUCAACUCUUCAUCCCAUCGACUAUGACAGUGGGGUAGCAAAAAAAAGAGUAGUUCAAUACGGUCGAGCAGCAGCAGAAAAAAAAGAAAAUUAAUGAAGUUCAAGUUACAUACAGCAGCAGUCAGUACACAUAACGAAAAAAAUAAAAUAGCCAGCAUAAAAACAACAUAUGUUAACACACAAAAGAAAUCCAACCGGGAAUGACAAACACAAAUCAAAUGCAGAUUCAAGUGGUACAACUCUCGACACUGCAACCGGCCGUCAAUCGUAACCUAGUGAGCGAAGUUUGAAGAAAACGAAAAAAAUGGCAGUGUUGAAAAAUAGUGCCGUUCAUAGUUUGUCUGCACAGGUCACUUUUUUCCCAUCUCGGAAAUAAUUGUUACAUCGAUAAAGAAGCCCUCUCCCGGCAGUAAUGACAGUGCCUCUCUCUCUCCCCUCUCUCCGGUUCACUACAGUGUGGAUAAAAAUAAAUGAAAAAUGUUGUUCGUUCGGGUUGUCGAGCGGACUCAACAUCGGCCAGAAGAAAAAGUGCAACUAUUAUCCGAUGCUGCGGUCUACGGGGCAAACAAAAAGAAGAAGACGAAAAAAGAAGAAGAUUCAACCGGCCGCGUGAUCGCAAUUUAAUAAUGAUAGUGACAUUCCCCGGAGUCGUUACGCUCUCGGGGCGUGUCGCGUCCACUACCGCUAGGAUUCGCGCGACCAGUUGACACACCACCCCAACCAAACCCCGGCACCAGCUCCUAGUUGUGCAGCUUUAUUACACGAUCAUCAGCAUAAUCAACGUUUAUUAUACAAUAUGUGUAUAUACGCGUGAGAUCGACCUGUGGUCCCUUGAGCAACCGCAGCAGCAGCAGCAGCAGCAGCAGACGGUGGGUUCCUGCGACAGUGUGUGACCACGAACGGUCAACAAUUACCACCGCACCACUUCACCACCACCACCAUCACCAACCAACCAACAAAGCAGGCCUGUUGCGAUCCCGGGAAUGUUAUACAACAACACCAUGCAAUGCAGUGCAGCACACAUUCAGAACCGAAUCGACCGGGUUGUCGUAUUUUUUUUUCGCUUCUACGGCAGCAGCUACCAGCUUCAAGAUCAGGUCGCCGGAGCAGGGUUGUUCGGAGCAAGGUUUCUUCUUGUAUUUUUCAUUUAUUUUUGCACUUAUUACUGUUAUUAUUUAUAUGUGAGCCCUCGCGGUCCGGUACAACCAAGCAAGCGGCAGGGCACGACGACAGCAAGGACAGAAAGAAGAUACUGUUUUAAGGCUUUUAUGAGGGAAAAAUGUGUUCGUAUCAUGCAACAGCUUAGUAUGAAUCUUUGCGGUUUCAGACCAACCAGAAGGCACACCGAAGAAGAGCUAUUUAGGAGACAAUAUUAAAAUUAUCAUCUUUCCAGCGUCUGCACGUACAUUCGCUGGAGCCGAAGAUAUGUUUUUUUUUUCACCCUGCUUUGAUUUUGCCUUUUCCCUCCCCAUUUGGGUGUUUGUGUGUCUGAUCGAGUUCUUUGCACUCCCUGGAGUGCCAUCUGGGGUCUUUCGCGAUGCCAGUCCCAUUAGGGGAAAUUUCGUGCAACGGUUCUGCAUGCAAAUGGGGUAGCCUUUUAGAGCCGGUCACCGAUAGCCUUCUAUUAUCCAAUUAGACGUUCGUUUAGGGAAUGGCAUGGCUUUUGGGAAACGGUUGAAAUUAUGUUCGGAACAACCGCUAUUACCUCUGUCACAUAAAUUAAUUUCACCUAAGAGUCAAAAAAACAGAAUAGGCAAAUUCGACAACAAAAUCGUUUAAAAACAUGAAAACCCAAAUUCGAUCACAUAAACCGUCUGCUCCAUGUAGUAAACGAAAGACUUCAAAUUAAAGCGAGGAACCCCAUACAAGCUCCGCAAGAAAAGAUUCAACACUUUCAGAGGAACAAGUCCAACUCGAAUUUGAAUUCAACUGAGUUCUUGAAUAAGUAUAAAACUGAUUGUUUAAAAUCAAUCACUAUUAACUAGCUUGUCAAGAAGAUUGAUUCUUGAAACUAACAAUAAAACAAAACUUUCAAUAUACAGAAAUCAACCCGUUACUGAUAGUUGCAGCUGGUUGAAAUGAGAGAGGCGUAAUAAGCACCGAAAAGACACAAAAACAAAAAAUUGUAUAAAUUGUAAAAAAUUACCAAAGCAAAAUCAUCGUUCAAAGUGACUCAUUUAGGCACACGUUUGGAAAUUCGAUCCUGGAAAAAUCCAUUGUACAUAAAGAAAAAAAUCUCUAGUGACUUAUGUAAAUAGAUGUAAAUUUGUUGAUACUCGAUUGUGAGAGCAGAGUGGCUACGAAGCAAAACAUACGCCAACACUGUUUGUGUGAUAAUUUAACAAAUCUAGACCCGUUCUUAACUUGCUUGCCUAAGUUACAGAAACAAGAAGAAGAUGCGUUAUUAUUGACUGACCAGCACUAGAAAUUCGGCUAGGAAUACUGUUAGGAUUUAUAAAUAAAUUGACAUUUAAAACAAA